ACUCUAAUUCUAAUAUGGGGGAAAAACAAGUGUUGUGUCUCCUCCCUCAACAAUGCUUUCCCCAUUGGUUUCUUGGAUCCUCUCCUCCUCAACCUCUUCCUCCUCCUCAUCAUCAUCAGAAGAAGAACAAGGAAGCCUUGACACUGACCAAUCAGACUAUGAAAAUGACGAGCAGAAGAACAAUGUGGAAGAUGAUGGAAACGACCACUUUUUCAGUUCAAGCGAUGUUGAUGAUGACACCAUUCCUGUCGCGCUUGCCGUUUCCCAUGCCUCCCCAGCCGUGACAGUUGCUUUCCCUGCCGCUGCUGAAGAUAGAAACGCCGCUGCCGCCACCACCACUGCCACCAUGAUAGCCUUGCCAGCUGCUGCUGAAGAUAGAAACACCGCUGCCGCCACGUCCACUGCCACUAUGAUAAUGACUCGCUCAAAACGAGAGCGCAGCAGCAGCAGCAGCAACAAGUACUCCGCCGGGGUGAGACAGUAUCAGAGGCUGUGGACGAAGCAGGAUGAGAUGGAACUGUUGAAAGGGUACCAUGAUUACAUCAAGCAGCAGGGAAAGGCCACAACCUCUCUCCAGAAUGUCGUAGCUUUGUUGCAUGAUCACGUUAGGCCGAAACUAAACGUGGAUUUCAACAGAAACCAGCUUGUGGAGAAGCUGCGCAGGUUAAAGAGAAAGCACAAGGUAACUUUGGACAAAGGCAAGGAGGUUCAGGUUCCCUUCAAGAGCUCCCAUGAGCAGGCCAUUUUUGAAAUUUCCCACAAGAUUUGGGGCAAUGACACAGGCAAUGAUGCUUUGGAUGGUGAAGAAUUGAGACCUUAUCAUGAAAAUCAUGAUCUUGUUGGCAAUGAUGUUAAGGGAAAGAAUGAACAAGUUGAAGAUUGUGAUGACAUAGAAAAAAGGGAGCCAAAGCGAUUGCGGUUUGUUACAGAUGAUGUUGACACAACAAAUGAGGAAAACAAUGAUGCUGCAGCUACUAGAAUACAGGGUCUCAUUGAGGACACCAUGAGGUCCUGUUUCUCACCAUUGAUGAAGGAAUUAUUGAAUGAUUCUCGGGAAGAGCCGCUCGGAGCGCCAGCAACGCCGAUAUUCCCCGGGGAAGAGGCGGAUGAACAAUGGAGAAGGAGAAGAAUUUUGGAGCUGGAGGUGUAUUUGGAUAGGUUGGAGUUGUUGCAGGGUCAGAUCAAGGCUAGAUUGGAGGAGUUGCGGUCAAGCCGAGGUUAAUUGAGGUUUCAUUCUAUUCCCCACUCCCUAGAUAUGCAGAAACAGCUUGUUUUUGCAAUGAAUUGUGGAGGUGAAAUAGUAGAUUAGCUCUAGCAAUUCUGUAAUCUUUUGUAGUUGGCAUGAAAUUUAAUUAUACAUGAAUCAAAAUCCAGAAGCUUGGAUUCUUUUGAAUGAUGGGCUUAAUAUCGCCCAAACUUGUCUCAUUUUCUAGUUUGAAAUAGCUCUCCCUCCU